UUGCGCGGUGCCAAGCUUGGUCGCUCCUUCGCCGGCCGCUCUCCGCGAGGAGCCGGACCCGGAGCCUGACGGGCUGAGGCGGCGGCGGCGGCCCCGCCCCGGGCUCCAUUGUUGCGGCUGCUCGGCUCCGCUGCACUCGGCCUGGGCGCCGCUGGCAAGGUGCAAGGGCUGCCCACUGGCGACCUGAGCAAUGGAAGAGUUAAUAGUUGAACUUCGUCUGUUUCUUGAACUCCUGGACCAUGAGUAUCUGACGUCAAGUGUCCGAGAAAAGAAGGCGGUAAUCACUGACAUGCUGCUGAGGAUGCAGUCACCCAAAGGUUUUGAAGUGAAAGAUCAUGCUCAGAAGCUGGAGACGCCCAACACCCUACCAGCUCCCCCACAGAUGCCUCUGCCUGAGAUCCCUCAGCCAUGGCUGCCACCCGACAGUGGACCACCGCCGCUGCCCACGUCCUCUCUCCCCGAAGGCUACUACGAGGAAGCCGUGCCCUUGAGCCCCGGGAAGGCUCCAGAAUACAUUACAUCAAAUUAUGACUCAGAUGCGAUGAGCAGCUCCUAUGAAUCCUAUGAUGAAGAGGAAGAGGAUGGAAAGGGGAAGAAAACACGGCACCAGUGGCCCUCUGAAGAGGCCUCCAUGGACCUGGUGAAGGACGCCAAGAUCUGUGCCUUUCUUCUGCGGAAAAAGCGCUUCGGGCAGUGGACCAAGCUGCUCUGUGUCGUCAAAGACACCAAGCUUCUGUGCUAUAAGAGCUCCAAGGACCAGCAGCCUCAGAUGGAACUGCCGCUCCAGGGCUGUGGCGUCGCCUACAUCCCGAAGGACGGCAAGAAGAAGAAGCAUGAGCUGAAAAUCACCCAGCAAGGCACAGACCCACUUGUUCUCGCCGUCCAGAGCAAGGAGCAGGCCGAACAGUGGCUGAAGGUGAUCAGAGAAGUCCACAGCGGCUGCAGUGGGCCGGUGGAUGCAGAAUGUCCUCCCCCAUCAAGCUCCCCCAUGCACAAGGCAGAGCUGGAGAAGAAACUGUCCUCAGAGAGGCCAAGCUCAGACGGGGAGGGAGGCACAGAGAAUGGAGUCCCCAUGUGUGACGGGAGGGAACAAGCUAAGAGGAAAAAAGGUUCCAAAUCAGAGGCCAAGGGAACCGUCUCUAAAGUCACUGGGAAAAAAAUCACCAAGAUCAUCAGUUUGGGGAAGAAAAAGCCGUCCACAGAUGACCAGACCUCGUCAGCCGAGGAGGAUGUCCCCACCUGCGGCUACCUCAACGUGCUGUCCAACAACCGCUGGCGGGAGCGGUGGUGCCGCGUGAAGGACAACAAGCUCAUCCUCCACAAGGACAGGACCGAUCUGAAGACCCACAUCGUCUCCAUCCCUCUGCGUGGCUGCGAGGUGAUCCCGGGACUGGAUUCCAAACACCCGCUGACCUUCCGGCUGCUUCGCAAUGGGCAGGAGGUCGCUGUGUUGGAGGUGUCUUCCUCUGACGACAUGGGCAGAUGGAUUGGGAUUUUGCUGGCUGAGACAGGGUCCUCCACGGAUCCUGGGGCUCUGCACUAUGACUACAUAGAUGUGGAAAUGUCUGCGAAUGUCAUCCAGACAGCCAAACAAACCUUCUGUUUCAUGAACAGGCGUGGCAUAUCUGCUAACCCAUACCUGGGUAGCACCUCCAAUGGCUACGCGCACCCCAGCGGCACAGCGCUGCACUACGACGACGUGCCGUGCAUCAACGGCUCGUGGGAACCCGAAGACGGCCUUCCUGCCUCCUGUGGCAGAGGCCUGGGAGAAGAGGCGCUCUAUGAUAACGCGGUCCUGUACGAUAACCUGCCGUCUCCAAAAAUCUUUGCCCGCUACCCACCUGCUGACAGAAAGGCUUCUAGGUCCUCUCCUGACAAACUGUCUUGUAACCACUACAAAUGCCCUGCCUCCUGCGGCCUGCCCUCUGCUCUGUCUGUCACUAACACCUCUUCUGUGGGGAGGGCAUCUCUCGGGCUCAACUCCCAGUUGAAGAGUAAAAAGCCCCCAGUAGCCUCCAACGGGGUUAUGGGAAAAGGGAAGAUGCUGAGCAGUCAGCAAAAAAAAGCUGAAUUGGCCCCCGGAGUAAAGCGCACGCCGUCAAAUGCUGACCAAUACAAAUACGGCAAGAACCGGGUGGAAGCUGACGCCAAGCGGCUGCAGACCAAAGAAGGGGAGCUGCUGAAGGGCAGGGAGGCCCUGCGGAGCCGGCUGGCCCAGCUCCGGAAAGAGAGGGGAGACCUGAAGGCUGCCAUCGAAGUGAAUGCAGGCCGGAAGACCCAGGUGGUUCUGGAAGACAAGCUGAGAAAGCUGGAGGAGGAGUGCAAGCAGAGGGAGGCACAGCGCGUCAGCCUGGAGCUGGAGCUGACGGAGGUCCAGGAGAGCCUGAGGAAAGCCCUGGCCGGCGGCGUCACCCUGGGGCUGGCUAUCGAGCCCAGGCCGGGGGCGGCCAGUCCACAGUCUCCAGUGUUGCGGCACCAGGCCCUGGAGAACUCGCCCCUGUCCAGCUGCGAAACAAGUGAUGCGGAGGGUCCGGUGCCCGUGAACAGCGCGGCCGUCCUCAGGAGGAGCCAGCCGGCCUGCCGCUCCCCGCACCGCGGCCACGUGCUCCGCAAGGCCAAGGAGUGGGAGCUGAAGAACGGGACCUAGAGGGAAGGCAGGACCUGUCAGCUCAGGAAGGUGCUGCUGCGAUGCUGACCACAGGGUGCUCGCCUGCGUGGCCCCUGCUGCAGGACGCCAGGGUUUGUGACUGAGCUCUGUGGCCAAUAGGCAGACCGGCCCGUGUAUUCUUUCUACUGUAUAAUGGUUUUCCUUAAAGAAAUCUACUUGUAAUGCUUUGGUUUCCAACUUUAUUUGUUAAAAAGCAAAAAGGGAUGAAGGUAUUGUAAAAGAACCCAGUAGCAAAUGGAGAAGUUAGGCCUUUGUACCUGGGGAAGUCCUCGGAUUGGCCACGCGAGUAUGGACACCGAGUGCCCAGCAGGGCCCCUCUGGGCGGGAGUGAGGCCAAGCGCGGGCUUUGGGACCACCUCGCUCUCUGCCCGGAUGGCCCAGCGUGUUUUAUAGCUGGGACAUGAACAGCAUGAACCCCUUGUGUCCCAGUGCCCCUCCCCAAUGCCUGUCCCCCUCAUCACUAGAGGUAGAGGCAGGAGAAGAUGGCGCUGUGAAGCAUUUUUACCUUUUUAUUACCUUUUUCUGGACAAAUGCUUUUGUCACCAGGACAUGAAAAGCUGCCAUUCUUCUUAAACUUUUAAAAAACGUUCUUUAUUGUGUGUUGCACUUCGCUCUAAGGAUUUUUCAGAGAUUCUGUAUCAUACUUUAUUAUUUGUACUGCUUUUGAGAGGCAGUUGAGUGGUUUUUAUUCUUAACUAAUGUGUGUGCCCCCCAUCCCACUGUCCCAGCCCUGCAGAGCCAGCAGGUGAUCCUCAGAGGGCGGGGUCACGGUUUGGGGAGGGCAUCCUUUGAAAGGAAGCAGGUUCUGGAAGUGGCCCAGUUACAGACCCGGAACAUCUCGGAGCCGAGGACUGUGGAGAGCUUCCUCCCCCCGCCCCCCCCCCCCGCCCCCGCCCCCAGACUGCUGAUCGAAGCCAGGGGACGUCAGCCGGCCCCAUGCUCCUCACAGGUUUUUGCAUUUGCAGCCUGUGUGCUGCUUCCUGGAGCUGAGAUGCUGAGAGCAAAGCUGGAGCUCAUCUCCACAGGGAGUCUAAGAACCAGACUAACUGUCCUUUGUCUCCCAGAGGGACCUCAGGAAUUCUCAGCUGUGGGAAGUGCAGCCACUGGGGAGGAAGUGAAGCUAGCCACCCAGGAACCCUGCUCGCAGCCCCAUGGGAACCAGUCAGCGUGGGGAAGGGCUCAUCCACCGAGAUAGGGACCGCUGCUGUGAGCCUCCGUCCACUGUCCGGCAUGUGUUCUGAUCAGACACAGGACUCGAAGGCAAGGAACGGCACAGCACCCGGUGCCUCCUCCCAGCUGUGCCUCCGGAGCCCAUCCUGGGGCCAGUCACAGCCCCGCAGCCUCCGUGGCCGGUUCUGAGGCUGAGGGCCUGGGCCGCGCCCUGCAUGGGUGGGAUCGGAUUUGAUUACUAGGGCGGGAAGGCCGGCUCCAGUGCCGGAGAGAGUUCACAGCAGCACUUGGAGGCUGUUUACCUGGAGCCCACCUGAAACUUGAAUUUAUUGCAAAUCCAUCUGCCAGGAGCAUUUUGGUCCAUGGCUGCCACCUGGCACUGUCACCUGGCACUGUCCAGGGCCCCUCCUUCACCACUGAGCAGUUCGUGGCUCGUCUCACCAGCAUUUGGCAUGUUUGGCCCCCAGGAACUGGAGGGAGAAAGCCUCCCAAAGCCUCGGCCCAUUUCCCAGUGUCACUUGGAAGAAGCCUCGUCCGACCUGUUCUCUCAGCCUAGGACGCUUCCCCUUCGCAUCCCAUGAAGCUAAUUUUCUGGAAAGGGAAAGAAGUUUGAUUAACCAUAGAUUUCUGCUGCCUUCUGGUCAGAUAAGCCUUCUCAAGGUAAAGCUCCAAGAUUUUAAGCAUUUAAGCCAGUGCUGCCCAGGACGACUGCCAGGUUUUGAUUGUAUCAAGAAGGGAAAGAUGAGCAGCAGCCUGUGUUCCUGACCUUAGCCCUGCGCAGGUGGGCGCCACCAGUUUGGCGGGUGGGCCUCUGCAGAGCAUCACAGUGCAGCCAGGGGGCCUCAGACACACACCCCGACCACCUGCUCCACGGCUGUGUCCAGGGGAACAGCCCAUUGGUGCAAUAUACAGGAUUUGGUCUCCUGGCGAAAUAUUUUGUGUCUAAAAAACCCAGGUUUUUAAUAUGCUUUCAUAGCCAUAAGCCUUUUAAAGAGGAUGGCGAACUUAAACCCUGUUGCAUGGCAUGGAGCCACUUCAGAUGGGCCGCAAGGGGGACCAGGCUGCCAACACUGGGCUCCUUUGAUAAAUGUAUGUUCCCCUCAGUGUCUUUGGAUUUGGUCAGAAAGUCAGUUUAAAGCAGUUGCUUCAAAAUAAGUUAUUUAUUUGUAUAUGUUCAAUAAAUAGUUUUUAAUUUAUAUCUGUACAUAUUAGACGUACAUUAGACACCUUGUCAGAAUUCUGACAGUGGUGAUGUCAUUGACCUCCCAAAAUGUGCCCCAGGGACAGGUACCCCAUCACCUGUGAGGCACAGGUCAUGUUCCCUGGGAGAGGUCAGAUUUCUUUCAAAAUGUCACAUGUUCGUCUAACAGCGCCAGCCAGACUGUGGCAGGAUCCAGACCAAACGCGAGAGGCAUGUGCUGGUUGCCCAGAAGGGGAUGGGGUGGGCCUGCCGCCCUCUGUAGGGCGUGCCCUGCCUUAGAACCCACAGCCACGCUGUCAGCCUCAGGACUGCUUCUGGCUGUAUUUUCAUAAAGUGUUAGCAAACUUCAAAAAUCUCCUCCAUUUUUAUGUUUUUAUAAUGUUCUUAAGUCCUAGCCAAACUUUUACACAGAAACAACAUGGCAGUGAAGGGCUCACUGCAUCACCACUGGGGUGAGCACAGGUGGGAAUGCUCACUUUCCCUUCUCCUGGAGUCCGUAGAGGGCCAGAGAAGCCGGGGAGGCCUGGCCGUGCUCAGGAUGGCUCCUCCGCUGGGUGGCCAGGGUGGGCCUGGGGACUGGUCCUAGAGGCCAGGACUCACUGUGUGGAUGCGCGUGGCCCCAGCGCACGGGCCUUGUCUGAGCUCUCUUGGGACUGGCUCUGGUGACCAUAGACAGGCCAUGUCCAUGUCUUGUCCCCUCUGUGCACCUAGGUGUUGCCAACCUGAUUACACCUGAUUCAUCUCACUUGUCCCAAAUUAGUUCUGGCUAUUUCUAAAAACCCCAAACUGCUCUGAUAGGUUGGAGAUGUGCCACCUUUUACAAAGUCUGUUUCAGAAAGUGCGUGUCUGCUCCAGGAAGGACAUCCAGGUUUAACUGUGGCGACCACAUGGCGCUUGUGGGCAGGCUUCCAUGGGGGCAGCUUUGACACUGGGCCAGGGGGUUGUGGACACAACUUCUUUGUUUGUGUCCACACCCCUUCUUUCCAGCAGAGAUGGCUAACUGGCCAGCAUGCCGCGUUGAGGGCAGUCUUGCCCAUGACGUCGCUUACUUGGCGGUUUCUCUGUUUACUCCCCAAGCCAUGCAGCAGUGCCUCCUGAGGACGCAGCAGGGGUGACACUCAUGGCUUCCCCUGCGGAGAAAUGACGGGGCUGCCCCCGAGUCCGGGCCGCCACCCUGCAGGUUGUGACCUUUGCCCAUAGCCUCUUCCAGGAGCUCAGUGACCAGAAGCAGCGCUGCAGCAGACGCAGCUAGCAGGGGUCCUAAGACUUUCCAUGUUUAGGCUAUCGCCUUCCUCUUUUUAUUUCGAAAAUUUACUUUUUUUCAUGGGAAAAGUCAUUUCAAAUCCAUGGCACAGUUUUGAAGAGGGUGAUUAUUGACCGUGUUUUGGUUCCCGUUGCUACUGCUGUCUCAUUAUUCCCAUGAUGGGCUGGGUGAUACUGUGAAAUAGGAAUGGACUACACCUUCCGCGCCGCACGCAUGCGGCACAGCAUCGCGGUGAGGCAGGGCGGCUGCCCGGGAGUGCCAAGCUGUCCUGGGCCCCCGCACCUGCAGACGCAGGACGGCUUUGCGCUGGGGCAGCCUCUGCUCCAGGUGCCUCCUUCUGUCGUCUUCUGUGAAAUCUCUCCCGUUACAUGCUUCCCGAAAAGCUCGACUUGACAGUACAAGUAUUAUCAGGUAUUUCUAGCCGCCAUGGGAAGAUAUUUUCAAAAUGGGGUCAUUAGCUCAUAAUUUUUAGGGACCAAAGGUGUUUUUAAUAAGAUAAUCUUUGUAUUUGAUUUUCUAAUGAGAAAAGAAAUAGUAACUUUAAAUUUUAACAUCGACUUUUAAAUUAUAGAUAUUCAGCAUUAACUGACCAUGGCUAUAAGUUGUAAAAUGUUUUCAUAUUAAGAUUGUAAUUAUUUCCUUAUUGUAUUUUUUAAAAACUAAAGUCAUAUUUAAAAUCUUUUUGAAAAAAAAAACAGGCAAAAACAGGAAAGAUUUUUUAAUUAAAUAUGUUGGCAGUGCCCAUUUUAAAUGACUGUAAAUAUAUUUUCACUGUGUUUCUCAAUGUAUUUAAUUCAUAAAGUAAAAGCUUUUAUUAAGGGAGACUUACGAUGGAGAUUCUAGUUUUCGGUCCACUUGCCACAUUUUGUACUAACCUCCCUUGAUUUUCUGUUUCACGAACUGAUUUUCCUCCUGUUCCCACGGUGUGAUCGCCAGACUGGCGCCCCCCGGGCGUGCCUCCACUGUGUGCCACUAUCGCCAAUAAAACUGUACGCUUGCA